GCUUACAUUAGAAUGACUUCAACCCUGAGGAGAGCGUACCACAUCACAGCAUUCAGCUGGUAUGCUUUUGUUGUUAAGAGUCUUGCUGCUAAGGUUGGAGAGGAGUUACCACCAGGAAUCUUUGUUUAUGGAGGACCUUGGAAAUACCUUACUUUUUUGAAUGUGUUAUUACAAAUGGCAUUCUUUGGACUGGCGGCAGUGAGUGAUCUACAACUUGGGAAAGAGUCUGAGAGUGCUCUGAACAGAUGUAAAGACCUUCUCUUCUCUAUCUUUGCCUUCCCUGUGGGCAUGUUUGUUGUUCUACUUUUCUGGACGAUCUUUGCCUAUGACAGAGAAUUAGUCUACCCAGCUACUAUUGACACCUUCUUCCCCCCCUGGAUAAACCAUGCUAUGCACACAUUUGUCCUUCCUAUUUUACUUGGAGAAGUGCUGGUGCAGCCUCACAUCUACCCACAGACUAAACAUGCGCUGGCAGCAUUAGGAGUUGUGGGCUUGGCUUACUUAUUUUGGUAAGUGUUAAGUCAGCAUAAACAUUAGAAUUAUGACAAAACAUGUCCAAACUUUAAUAGGCAUGUAGCUAACACACAAAUAGCACAGCUUAUAGUCAUUAUCUUGACUGAAUCAUUCACAUAUCUUAAUGGGGCUAUGUUCCUACUGUAACUAGUCUAAACUAGUCCAGUGCAGCAGCAUUUAUGCGUUCAUAAUGCAAACAGCUUGAGGGGUAAACGCUUCCUUUGAACCUUCAAUAGUUCUGCCUCACAUACUGUAAUGCUGCCUACAGAUCCUCCUGUGUCUGAUGGUACAAACCAUAAAUAUACUGUAUGUUGUGGAUGAGAUUGUUUUAUUAUGCUGAGUGUUUUGCUGUUACAAUCUUACAAUCAGCGUCCUCAGUGUCAGUGGGUGGAAACUCUGUGCCAGUGAAUAUUUGCACAAGGCAUACUAGUUCUUUGAGACAAGACAGUACAAGAUGAUAUGACAGAUACAGUGAUACUGACAGUUUCUUUUCUUUCUUUUUUUUUCUCUCUAAACAUGUUCUGCAGGAUUAUAUGGGUGUACUUAUCAGUUGGGAUUUGGGUGUAUCCCCUUCUUGGGCACUUCAGCACUGCUGGUCUGGUGGGCUUCUUCUUUUUUAACAUGUCACUGGUGACCUUGCUCUACGCGCUAGGGAACAAGCUCAACCGCCUUGUCUGGAGUAAGAGACAUUAAGUUUACCACUGGAGACAAACAAAGGAUCAUAUGUUCAUUUGUCUCUAAUCUCUCUCUUUGUCUGUCUACCUCUCUCUCUCUCUUUUUUGUCUCCUUUACUCUAGGUAAGGACAUGAACAAAAUGACAGCAGAAGCAAAGUAAUUCAGCCUCUCUGCCACAUAAAAAUGGUCAAACAAUAAUCCCUUAAAGCAAGACUGUAACUUUUGAAAAAAGAACUAACACAUUCUUCCUUUUACAGAUGAAAAGUUAAAUUUAUAAACAAUAAAACGCACCAUUGGUCAGGGGUUUUGCCUGCUACAGCCGUUGUUGGUCUGGUUACCGUUAUGGGUAGUUUAUGGAAGUAGCUUAAGGUAAUGUUGGCUAAAGUUAGCAAACCUUAGGUAAAUAUUGCUGUAUAACACACAUUAGUGUCACUUUUCUAACUACAUGAUUCUUCUCCACUUGUGCUACUGUUACAUUAGUUCAGCAUGUUAGCUAAAUGCUAAACUACUGUUUAGCCAACAGUAAACUACUGUUUAGCAUUUAGCUCAAAUCUAUCCAGUAUUAUUCCAUUACAAUCAAUUGUAGCCACAGUAGCCGCUGUUAAGCAAACGUUACAUAGUCUAACUUUAAAGGGAUUAAUUGCUCUCUGUACUUAAACAGCCUACAACAGCUAAAUUAUGUAACACAAAUACCUCAGAUGUAGGCUAAAUGUUAGUUUAGUUUUACAGUUCAACAAAGUGGUAUUUAACAUUGCAAAACACUUGAAUAAUGCAAUUUAAACGUCAAAACAAGCCUAAUAAAGCUAGUUUCUAUAUUUUCAUUUUAUGCAUUUCCUGAUUUAAAAAGAGGCAGAUGUUGAAUGUAAUAUAUCAGAUGCUCUUUUUUUCACAUAUUCACACAUUUCAAAUUAUGCUGUUAGGCAAUAAAUGAAGCAUUAAGGAUACACCAUCAAAAUGAUAAGAUCCAUAUUAAGCACCACUGACUUCCCCUUCAUGCAAGGGGGAGGUCAUUCCUACUUCGUUACCAAUGUCGUGUUUAACCUGAAUAAAGUGCAUAUUUUUCCAUUAAUCAUGGAACAUCUGCAGGGGUUGCAAGAAGAACUUGAUUUGGUAAUCCAACACACAAUGCUGAAGAGCUUUGAUUUGAUGUCAUCACAAAUCCAUCGAUAUAUCCAGGAACAGCUGUGUUUUGUCCAUUAAUUACUGUAAGUGGGCAGAUUUUUUAAAAGAAAAUCAUCCACCA